AUGGAAAAUGGCAAACUGGAAGAAGCGGAUACGCACAUCAAUGAGACAGACCUGCACAUAGUUCAGUUACAGGCUCUGUGGGCGGAGCUGAAGGCAGGACUUGGAGAUGUCAUCCAGGAUGUCUCCGCCUUGCAGCAGAAUCACAUCAUAUUUGAAGAGAAAGUAUCCACUCACCAGAGAGACACGAAUGACAAGAUCCUUUCUCUACGAAACACACUCAAUACGUUACAGGAAGACCUGAGCAGCGCUCUAUCUCAAAUCUCUGAGCUCAGCAGCAGACAGAAGGAGCUACAAAGAGACUUGGACCUUUUCCAGAGUAGGCAAGAGAGGAAAGACUCCAGGGGGGAGGAGUCAGUGGAUGGCCAUGCUUCUCUUUCCAGUCAAACAGAACUCAGCCUCAUACAGCACUACAUCAGCAGCCUUCCGUCCAAUCAGACAUCCCACUCAGAGCAGGGCAGUACUGUUCAGUCUCCAAGAAAUCGGACCAGAUCUCCAGUGUGGAGGGAGAGAAAAGACAGCAAAGACCUCACACAACAGAAUAACCAUGAGAUCAGUCAGAGGCAGACAGCUGCUCUGGAGCUGUUGGAGUCUGAGAGAGUAUACGUCUCUUACCUUUCCCUCCUGCUGAAGGCCAAUAUUACCUUCAAUGGCUCAGAGAGUGCUAACCUCAAAGACAAAAGGCCAUUCCCUUCAUCACUGCGUUUUCUGAUCCAGCAGCACUUGGAACUAUUGCAUCUCCUCCAGGAGCGUGUUCUCAAGUGCCAGUGGCAAGGCAUCAUGGGAGACGUAUUCCUCAGGCUCACCAGUAAAGAGAGUGAUUUCUUAGACCACUACGUGUCGUAUCUGAAGGAGCUUCCAGAAUGCUUGUCUGUUGUAAGCCUUUUCUCAUCCAGCUCCUCAAAAACCCCAGGACUACUGGAGGGUGACAUCAUGGGAGAUGAGACACGCCCACCUCUCCACACUCUUCUCCUUCAGCCCGUCCAACGUAUCCCAGAAUACCUUGGGCUCUUACAGGGCUUGCUCCAGCAGACAGAAUCAGAACAUCCUGACUAUUACUUGCUGCUGGUGUGUGUGCAGCACCUUCGCUCCUUCACCACUCAGUACAACCACCUGCUCCAACACAACCAGGACCUCCUCACUCACACACAUGGCAUCCGUGAGCACACACACAACCUGCGCACACACCAACAGGACCGAGCCCCGCACUCUCGCAAGGAGCUCAGCAGAUGUUCAGUGAAACAGCUCUAUAAGGCAGUGGAGUAUGAGAGUGGCUCUCACUACAGCACCAGUAAUGCACUACUUGACCCAGUGCCAGGGUUGAGACGCAGUAAGCAGGCAGCCGUGAGACGUUACCCAGACUGGGAGGCGGAGCCUAAUCGUUACGACCCUGAGAUUCCAUCUCCCGUGUCUUUCUUAUCUGAUUCAGAGACACGUCUGAAACCUCCUCCUGGGCCUUUACACAGUAUCCCAGAGACUGAAGGACCAGGCUCCGCCCUUGCUGAUGCCAUAGGGGCGUUCCUUCCAUACGGAGGCGGGAACUCUCACUGCUCAAGCCCUUCCCACUCAUCUGAUUCCAGUAUCGACAUUGCUUUUGUCCGCUGUAGCCCCUCUCAUAGCCCAGCACACCAAUCACACACAGGAGGGCGUAACAGCGGAAGCGGGGUUUACAGGACAGGCCGUGGCUGCGUGUCACCUGAUUCUGUGGGGAUGAUGAGGCCACGCCCCUUACAAGCAGUCCAGCGGAAGAGCAAAUCUUUAAAUGGCUUGCAGUUGGACAGUAUCGACAGUCACGUCCAUCAGAUAAAAAAUCCCGCCCACCCAAGGCUGGAGCGCCAAUCAAGCGCUAAGUCAAGGCUAAGACACAGUAGUCCUCAACGACGACAUGACACGCAUACACACACAGACACUGAAGAGCAAGCACAACACACACAUAAGAAGGACUCUGGCAGUCCAGUCUGGGGGGAGGAGCUAAAGUGGAGGGGCAUGUCCGACGAGAGCGGCCAUAUCCCACUGAGUGAGCGCAGCCGGAAGCAGGAAGGAAAAGGGUUCAGGAGCUCCUUCAAGAAACUCUUCAAGAAGAAGUCCAGUGGAGAUAGUAAGGACAAAGCCGGAGAGAAGACAGACAGUCAGAGCUGCAAUGAGCUGGACUCUGUGAGGCCUAACAGAGCUACUCAUCCUGGAGAUAUCGACAGAGGAACAGCAGUGUAG